AAACCAGAGGAAGAAGACGAAGUUAGCUGCUACGGCGUCGUGUUUGCUUGUUGUCUUCACACAAGUGAAUGCGACGCCGUUCUGCCAAGUGACGUUGAGUUAACAACGAUUAGAAGACAGGCUUUACACUUGGCGCCUUCCCAUUGGUUCAUUUCAACAAUUAGUUUGUUACCGUUAGCUGCACAGUGAAUAGUUAGUGAUGUACAGUUUUGUUUACUCUGCUGUUUUACCCUUUUCACUUCUGUAUAUAUAUAUAUGAAUGAAAGAUCGAAAAUGGAAGCCAAUUCGGCAAUUCCACAAACACAACCGCUCUCUAUUGUUCAUCCUUUCUCUUCUACCUCAUUCUGAAACCUUAACACCACCUAGGGUUUACGGUUUUCUCAUACACGAUUCCAAAACUUCUCAAUUUCCUAGAAAAAACAAAAUCCAAUUUGAGUACCGGUGAAUGAUCUCUCCUUCGUUUGUUCGAUCGUGUAUAAGAUGGUUGUGAUGUAUGUGAGACGAGAACGUGCCCCAACCAUUCAUUUCGUUCUAAUGUUCAACGUGUGUACCACCACAAUCGUCAGAAUAUGAUAACUUUGAACACUUCAUAAAAGAGUACUUUUCCUUGAAAACCCAUCAGGGAAACCAAAACGCGAAACAAUCGAAAUCGAUACUUAAACGGUUGGACCAACACAUAUUGAGUGUAAUUAUGACCGUUGUUCACUCACAUGUUUGUGUUGAAAUUAUGGCUAGGAGGCUUUCAACACUACUUCGUCCCUACCAAGCACCAAAAAUUGAAACUACGAUGUCCCUCUCCAAUUCCUAAUUAAUCCCUUAAUUACUCUAAGAGCCGUUGCAAUGGGAGUGCGCCAGCACAGCUAAUGGAGAAGAAAAAAGCUUUUCUUAAUCGAGUGGUUGAUACUCAAGGAGGAGUAGGAAAAAAGAGAAAACAAAUGGUAAUAUGCAAAAUCUAGGCUGUAAUAUAACAUAAAUAAUAGCUACAUUAUCGAUGGUCGGCUAAAUUAUAUUGUCUUAAUUAGGUCAUCAACCGGCCUGGGAAGAAAGAACAAACUAAUUACAUCAAUACUUCAAUUUCUUAUUUCUUAAACUAACCUAUCCUUUUUUAUAUGACAAUCCUCUUGGCGGCCACUCGCGGUCGACACAGAAUUGAACUGGAAAGAAUCGAUAAUUUGAAUUCUAUAUGGUCAGAUCAUACAUCACUGAUCGAUAUAGUUUUAGUUUCAUGAAUUCUCUGAAACAUGACCAUAAUUUUACAUUUUCCUCGAUUCUCGUUCUUAUUUGUUUUCUGUCAUAAACAAUCGAUCUCAAUAACUCGAGUUGUCGUGAGAGAUCCAUGUAUGGUACAUAACCAACUUCCUUAUACGUUCUCUCAAACAAAAGCAAACUAAUGAUCCCGAAGUCUGCCCGUGCCCACCAUCACCAUAUGCUUUAACGACAAAAGGUUAAUAUCGGGGGGUCACGAUGUUUUCAAUAAGUGAUAUCGCGACGAAAAAACAGCUCGAAUACCAUAUCACAAACAAAUCUGUCUCAAUAACUCGUAACUCUUUGGCUGAUGAUACUUACCUUUAAAAAAAAAAUGGUGAGAAAAUGGAGAAGACUACAUGACUUUCUAAUUAACCAUUAAUCAUUGCUCAUCCCUCCCUAAUCCAACUCUCUCUCCAUAAAUACCCUCUUCUCCACUUCCCACUUCAAACCAAAAGACCACACUCUCACCCAUCUCCUAAAUCCCUUCUUUAAUCAACCUUUCCCUCCCUCUUAAGAAGAAGAAGAAGAAAAAAAAUGGCCAAGGACGUGGAAUCCGACCACCCACCGCCGGCCUUCUCCGCAAAGGACUACCACGACCCGCCGCCGGCACCGUUAUUCGACCUCGACGAGCUCACCAAAUGGUCCUUCUACCGCGCCUUAAUCGCCGAGUUCAUCGCCACACUCCUCUUCCUCUACAUCACCGUCCUCACCGUCAUCGGCUACAAAUCCCAAACCGACCCAUUAACCCACACCGCCGCCGACGCCGCCUGCGGCGGCGUCGGCGUCCUGGGAAUCGCAUGGGCGUUCGGCGGCAUGAUCUUCAUCCUCGUCUACUGCACCGCCGGGAUCUCCGGCGGCCACAUCAACCCGGCCGUCACUUUUGGGCUCUUCCUGGGCCGGAAGGUCUCCCUCAUCCGAGCCGUGGGCUACAUGGCGGCCCAGUGCCUCGGGGCCAUCUGCGGCUGUGGGCUAGUCAAGGCCUUUCAGAAGUCGUACUACACGCGGUACGGCGGUGGGGCCAAUGAGCUGGCGGGCGGGUACAAUAAAGGGACCGGAUUGGGCGCCGAGAUUAUCGGGACGUUUGUUUUGGUCUACACCGUUUUCUCGGCUACUGACCCCAAGAGGAGCGCCAGAGACUCACACGUCCCCGUGUUGGCGCCGCUGCCAAUUGGGUUCGCGGUGUUCAUGGUCCACCUGGCCACUAUCCCAAUUACUGGGACAGGGAUUAAUCCAGCUAGGAGUUUUGGUGCUGCUGUUAUCUACAACAAGGACAAGGCCUGGGAUGAUCAGUGGAUCUUCUGGGUUGGGCCGUUCAUUGGAGCUGCCAUUGCUGCGUUCUACCACCAGUUCGUACUGAGGGCAGCAGCAAUCAAGGCUCUGGGUUCCUUUAGGAGCAAUGCUUGAAUUUGAUGAUGGAGGGAAAGUUUGUUUCAAGCUGCUGUUAUUGAGAAAGAAUAAGGGCUAGCUCUGCACUACUGCAGCCUGCUACUGCAAAUUUGAAGAGAGAAAGAGGCCAAGGAAAAAUGUAAAUAUGGGUUUGUACUCCUCAUGUUUUGAUGAGGAGGGAUUGAAUUCCAUCUAUUGCUUUCCCUUUUUUACCUUUUUUCUCUAAAUCUGUACUUAAAAGUAAGUAAGUCGUGUUCUUCAUUUUGAUGAUGAUGAUGAUCUCUUUGCUUUUGUUGUAAUUUAUCUAUCUUCUGUGGAAUUGUGGUGGUGGUGGUUGGGGUUGGUUGUGUGUAUUUUUUCUGGUUGGCUUCCACCUAAUGAAAUGGGUAUGCGCUCUUUAUUUAUCUAUAUAAUCAUCUCUUUCUUUCGUCUUGUAUUAUAAUGGUAGUUCGACUUAAAAAAAAAAAUUAUUUAUAGAAGUCAAAUCAAAAGACAAUUAGCUAUAUGAAAUAAUUAAACUGCGAUUAUGUCAUGAUAUCAACACAAAAUAAUAUACAAUUAACGUUUUUGUUAUAAUAUCCGACACGAUUUGACAAGUUUAUAAUUAAAGUGUGAGAUGUGCUUCAUUGAUUAGUUUGGAGUGGCCAUAUAAUUGAUUAGUUUGGAUAUGGCUAAUAAGAUCGAUAUAUUUCUCUACCCUGGAUGCGAAUAUUCCAUCGAAGAUGAUGAGGUAUAGGAAACAGUUUAGUGAGAGAGUGAAGGAAUGGGAAUAAAUCAGUAUAAUAUAAAUUAAUAAUGCCAAUAAUCUAGAUGAAAUGAAAGAUGGUCGUGCAUGUCACAUCCAGAACCAAAAUUGUAAAGGGCAUUAUAUGAGUAAACAAAUUACUCUUUUUUGGUAGCCUAAACAACAUAAAUUAAUCCAUAAUUAAUUAUAAAUUAAACAACACGAAAAAAGGACCGACAAAGUCACAAAUCAAUUGCAAAACUUUGCAGCCUCCCCGAGUCACAAAUGAUUUAGGACAUAUUUUUCUCAUCGGUCGUAAGGUAAGUACGUACAUUAAUUAAUCCAAUAUGCUUACAAGAUGUAUAUGAAAGAAUUAGUCGAUAGCUAAUUGAUCCAUUGUUUAAAGAGCAAUUUUUUUUUACUAGAUAGACAACUCUAUCACGUUCAUAAAAAUCAAAUGACAGAAAUACCAUAAAAAUCACAAAAGGAUACAUGCAUUUAGGGAUGUGAAACGAGUUGGUCCUUAUCGAAUCGUACCGUCGACCAAACCGACUUUUUACCAUGCCACAUAAAAUCGAAUAUAAUGUGGUAUAUAUAUGUGAAAGGCUAUUUGCCGCCAACUAAAUUGCUAUUUGCCGGCAACUAAAAAAAAAAAAUUUGAAUUCAAAUUUUGAAUUUUCCCUUCCCCCCCUUCCCCCCUUCCUUUCAUUCUAUAAAUUCGGAUAUCAGGAACAUUUGACUCAUUCCAACAAAAACUUCUGUUGACGAGCUCAGUGCCUCCGUCGCCGGCACCGUUCUUCCGUCGUCGGCUAACCUCCCAUCGGCCUCAAUCGUCGGAAAACAAGUAAGUUUACUUUUUCCGGCCAGUUUCCAGUUUUCCGGCAAGUUUUCCAGUUUUACGGCGAAAAAUACGGCGGGCCGAAAAAAGAUUGCGGCCCGAACGCCGCCGAGCCGAAAAAUAUUUGCGGCCAGUGCGACGGCCGGCCGAAAAAUUUGCGGCCGAGACGUCGCCAGGCCGAAAGAAUUUUUCGGCCGGCCGUCGCACCGGCCGCAAAUGUUUUUCGGCCCGGCGGCGCACCGGCCGCAAUUUGUUUUCGGCCCGGCUGCGCAUCGGCCGCAAAAUUCUUUCGGCCCGGCCAUUUUUUAAAUUUAAUUUAAUAUGACAAUUAAUUAGUCAAUAAAAAAUACUUAAUUAGUUAAUAGAAAUUAGCAAUUAGU